AUGACCAACGGAACCAAGCGAAAUCCCCUCCCCCACGGUGUUUACGUCCCCACCGUAGCAUUCUUCAAGCCCGACGAAGAAGUCGAUCUCGCAACAGUCGAGAAGCACGCCGUCUAUCUCGCCCGCAGCGGGGUAACCGGCCUAGUAACUCAGGGCAGCAAUGGCGAAGCCGUGCACCUAGAUCGCGAAGAGCGCAAGGCAAUCACAGCCGCCACACGUCGCGCCGUCGACGCAGCCGGCUACACCAGCAUGCCAGUGAUCGCCGGCACCGGUGCCGCCUCAACUCGUGAGACCAUCCAGCUCUGCCAGGACUCCGGCGCAGCAGGCGCCGACGCAGUCCUCGUGCUCCCACCCAGCUACUACAAGGCGCUCGUGAGCGCCGAGUCCAUGCACGCCCACUUCCGGGCCGUGGCCGAUGCCUCGCCCGUCCCCGUUCUCAUCUACAACUUCCCCGGCGUGCAGUCCGGUCUCGAUCUCAGCUCAGAAGAUAUCUUGACUCUUGCAGAACACCCCAAUAUCAUCGGGUGCAAGCUCACGUGCGGUAACACGGGUAAGCUUGCCCGUGUUGCGGCGGCGAAGCCUGAUUUCUUGACUUUUGGUGGCUCGGCCGAUUUCACGCUGCAGACGCUUAUUGUUGGAGGGGCGGGCAUUAUUGGUGGCGUUGCCAAUAUGAUUCCUCGCUCGUGUGUGCGUGUUAUGGAGUUGUAUCGUGCGGGCAAGGUUCAGGAGGCGCAAAAGGUGCAGGCUGUUGUUGCGCGCGCCGACUGGGCUGCUAUCCAUGGUGGCUUUAUCGCUGUUAAGACUGGCUUGCAAUCCUACCGUGGAUACGGUGGUCUUCCUCGGCGGCCUUGUGUCGUGCCCUCUGCGAAGGCUGCGGCAGCCAUCCAGGAGGAGUUCCGGGAGGGGAUGGAGUUGGAAAAGUCGUUGGAGACAGUCUAA